GCCUCCUCCAUCAGCUGAUGUAAAUAAUUAUGUUUGGUCGGAAGUGUUUCUGUUUCGUUGGAACAUGAGGGGAAUCAGCUUUUUCUGCACUUAUCGGAAGGACAACGUCAACAUUUAACGAAAAAAUAUCAGACGAUGGAAAGUCACAGUCAAGGUCGACCAUGGGGGAAACUGGUCAAAGUGGACUCCAUUGAAACUGAAGUGCUGCUUUUUAACAGGGAAUGCACUGUCGGGCGUAAAAAAGGAUGUGAUCUAUCCUUUCCAGCCAACAAAUUGGUCUCAGGGGAACACUGCAAGAUUGUACAAGAUGAAAGCAUGGGGUUGGUGUGGCUUGAAGACAUGAGCACAAAUGGCACGGUGAUUAAUAUGUCCAAACUUGUCAAGAAACAGAGGCACAUGCUGCAAAAUGGUGACGUCAUCUACUUUGUAUUCAGAAAAAAUGAACCAGAACAAAACAUUGCAUAUGUUUACCGCUCAAUCACAGCACAGGAAGGUACUUCUCCAGAUAGCUAUGACGGAGGGAUGCCUACUUACAAUCCAGUGUCUCCACCUUCAGACCUGUCACUGUCUGUGGAGCCAGUAAUGCUGCUGGGCCCUCCUAGAGAUCCUAUGAGAGAGGAACCUCGGCCAUCCACUUCAACGUCCCGCCUCUGCUUUAAAAACAGUAGCACCUCUGAUCCCUUGACAGCCACGCCCUCCGCUGCCUGUGUCCAAGCUAACGAUGCUGCCCCAGUACCAAAUGAGAACCUGGAACCAGAAACCAAGAGGAGGAAACUCUGUGAUGACAAGGAUUAUGCCACAGAAUUGCCACAAACAUCAAAUGCAGAAGUGGCAGAUGGAGACAAGGGCAGUGUUGGGUUGGGGAUGUCUAAACUGCCAACUGAGGGAAGAAAGCCAGACAAGAUGGAGGAGUCCCUGACCUGUAUUAUUUGUCAGGAUCUCUUGCAUGACUGUGUCAGCUUGCAACCCUGCAUGCAUACUUUCUGUGCUGCCUGUUACUCAGGCUGGAUGGAGCGAUCAUCUCUUUGCCCCACCUGUCGCUGCCCCGUGGAGAGGUUACGUAAGAAUCACAUUCUCAAUAAUCUGGUGGAAGCCUACCUCAUCCAGCACCCAGAAAAAAGUCGCAGUGAGGAGGAUCUGAAGAACAUGGACAGACAGAACAAGAUAACUCAGGAUAUGUUGCAACCAAAAGUUGAGCGGUCUUUCUCUGAUGAAGAGGGUAGUUCUGAUUAUCUCUUUGAGCUCUCAGACAAUGACAGCGAUUCUUCAGAUGUUAGCCAGCCUUUGGUGAUGUGCAGACAGUGUCCUGGUUACAGGAAGGAUGUUGGUCAGAUGCUUUUUGCUACAUCUUCAAAUUAUUGGGUUCCUGGUUUUCCAGUCCCUUCACCUUUUCCUCCUGUGCCCACUCCAUCAACUCAGGAAUGUUCUGCAAAGCCCACAGGAGAGGAACCCUCAACAUCUUCUAAUCACCCCUCAGCUUUUCAGGAGUACCACUGCCCCCCUCAGGCCUAUCAUCUGAUUUGCACCUGCUGCCUCCAGCCGAUGCCAGACAGACAGGCGGAGCUGAACAGCCGACAGGUUAUUGCACAGCAAUGUGCACUGUGCCAGCGGCCUUUCUGCCAUAUGUACUGGGGUUGCCAGAGGAUUGGCUGUCAGGGCUGCCUGGCUCCUUUCAUUGACCUAAAUCUGACAGAUAAAUGCCUGGAUGGUGUGCUGAACAACAAUAACUAUGAAUCGGAGAUCCUGCAGAACUACUUGUCCUCCAGAGGGAAAUCAUGGCGAGAUCUGCUCCAGGAGGCUCUGCAGGACUUACAGCAGGGAACGUACUCUCUGACUGAUUGUCACAUUUCUGCAAACACCGUCCUGUGCCGAUGUUGUGGUCUGCGAGCCUUCAAAGAGCUGGCCUACAAGUACAGAGAGAACAUCCCUUCAUCUGAACUGCCAGCUGCUGUAUCGGCGCGUCCUGACUGCUACUGGGGACGAAACUGUCAUACACAAGUGAAAGCACACCACGCUAUGAAAUUCAACCACAUAUGUGAGCAGACUCGCUUCAAGAGCUGAAGGAACACCCGGCUGAAGGACACACCCCAGACCCCAUUCAGUGGUUGUUCUGGUCACUGUGGCCAAUUGCCUCUUGGGGUAUUUGUUCUUUUUGGCUCAUUAUGCAAAGACUUAGUACAGAAAUUACAGUCAGCAUCCAUUUCAAAUAAUAACGUGACACCGGGCUGUAUAGAAUAAAGCUAUGCACAUUAAUCUAACAUGCUUUUCACACCUGAGUGAGCGUUUCUCACAACCCACAGUUUAAAAUGUGAUCAGUUCAGAGUCAGUGCGUCUGCAUUCAGGCCACUUUUGUCUUAUUCCAUUCUGGAGCUAAUUAAUAGCAGCGUGUUUAGUUAAUAUCUUGUGACUCAUGCGAUGAAAUGUUUAGAGUCCUAAGCGUCCGACAGCAGGCGCAUUCAUCGUUAAAGCGCAGAGCUCGCCUGCCGGUUGGACUCAGUGCCUUGGAUUGAACGACAUAAUAAAACAGGAGCUGCUUUCUACGUUCACAUUACUAAAUUUUUAAUAAGAAUGCCUGAACUCUGAGGGGUUUUCUGGCUUUGCCCAUGCAGGAUUGUGUUCUCAGGCAAAAGCCAAAAUCCAUGUCGAUUGAGUUCAUGUUGGAGAGGGAUUUGCAUUUUGUAACACUGCCUGAGGAUCCUCUGGAUAAUCAUCUCUAAGGUGAUUAAAGCAAAAGGGACUUUAAAAAUUAUUUUUCCUUCCUUCCAGUAUUGAGGGCGAAACUGCGGUUUGUCAAUGCAUCGGGUAGCUUGUAUCUGUUCAGCAUGCUGACGGUUAUCAAACCGAUGUCUUUGCAUGAUCACAGAUUCAUGUUUUCCAGCCCGAGUUCUCGGAACCCAAAGUAUUUGAAUGUUUUCCGUUUGUCCCUGGUUGGCGGAGUCAGGUGUGUUUGGCCAGUCGACAACAGCUGGUUGAAAAAUGUAGCAGGCCUGAUUUGGUUCAUUAUGUGUACGUAGUGCAGCAGGGAGAACUGGAAAGUACUCUUGGGUCUGAAGACCAGGAUUGGGGCAAUGAUGUCAUAAAUUGAUUUUUUUUUUUUUUUUUUUUUUUUUUUUAAACUACACAUUUGGUUGGAUCUCUCUCUGGUUCCUCAGGUACAAAAGCUGCUGUUGUGUUUGCGAUUGCAGGUGAAGUGUGUUUCUGAUCACAUCUGCGUUAUCUUAAGUAUCACCACCAAGUUUGUCUUUCAUCAUGUAAAUGGGCACAGCUUAUGUCAUCUCCUGUAAAUAUGACAAAUCAGUUAUUUACAUUGAACAUCUGCACGUAAGCUACAGGCCUUACAUAUAUUAAAGAAAUAACCUUUAUUUCAGCAUCUUUGAUUGUGUAGAAAAUAUGUAAGAUGAAUAGAAAUGUUUGUGUUGUACAACUAUGAAGAUAUUUGCACAUAAUUAACAUUUGGAAAUCUUUUGCAGGAUUUUAUUUUUUUUAGUCCACGUAUCACCGGAAAGCUGUCUUCAUCUGGCAGCUGCCAGCAUUCUUGAUAAUUUUCAGAAUGCACUUAGAAUGUGUUUUAAAAAAAAACUAUCCUCGAUAGUAUAAGUGCUUAACGUUGGAUAACGGUGUGCUUGGUGAGUCCUGUUACCAGCAGUUCGAGUGGUGACAUUUGAAGAUGAGUUUACAAACGGCACCUUUUCUGCCUUUUUUCUGGCUGCCUGUUUGAUAUUUUUGUUCUGUGUUAUUGUUCUCCUCCCCAGUGACGGUGGGGCUACACUGGCAUUCCUUAGCAGCUCAGGCCCUCGGCACGAGCCCGGCUGAGUUUUAAUUAUUCCCCACAGGCCACCUUAAGCCCAGCCAGCAGUCUGGCUGUUAAAGAGGCUUUGGACGAGUGCUUUGCAUUCUGCCUGAGAUGAUGAUACUAUAGCAAA